AAAAAUGAGAGUUAAAAAAAAAAAAAACACUCCAUAUGAUUAGCGCUUUGCAUUCAGCCAUUCAAGAUUAAUCCUAUUUCACUCUUUGCCACGUUCUCUUGCAACAUCUUCUCCUUUUAGGGAUUGAAACUCAAUGGACUCAUUCUACAAGGAAAGCAACAAACUUAACGUACUAAACAGCAAUAUUCCUAAGCUGAUGCUUCCAGCAAGAAGCCGCACCAACUACUAUUCGUCACCGGAGAACCUCAUUAAGUACCUGCGUUCUAAUUCUCUGUCCAGUAGCGGGAACAACAGCUCCUCGGGAAAAAGCAGCUUCAGAUCAUCGGUUUCGCCACAGUCGGAGAAGACACCGGUGAAGGUGGUGGAGGAGGAUGUGCUCGUCAUGGACGGAGUUCUCGUUGCUUCUGAUACUAACAUUGCAGGAUCCGGCUCCUCUUCUUCUCCGGGAAGUGUUGGCUUCUACAAAUCAGAGAUUUGCAGGACUUGGGAGGAGUUUGGCCAUUGCCGAUAUGGAUCCAAGUGUCAGUUUGCACAUGGAAAAGAAGAGGUACGCCCCAGUUGUUUCUCAUUCAGAAGCAAACCCGAGGCACAAAUGUACAAGUCAUAUGCAAGCACAUAUGGCUCGAUAUCCCGUCCUUUGAAUCCGAUCCGGGAAACUGCAGCAACCAUAGCCCAAAAGGAAUCAUCUACCAGACCUGAUUACACAAACCAGAGAUCCAGCUCCACCAUGAAACCUGGAAACACCCCCUUGACCACCAACAUCGCAAUGAAACCGAAAACCGAAAAGGCCUCCGCCUCCACAAUCGGACCUUAUACAAGUGCCACUAAUGGAUCUUAUUGGUCACCGCAAGAUGAUGGCAUUAAUGUUACCUUGCCAUCAUCCUCCCCUGGCAAAACCCUGUCCAGAGCGGACAUCGAUGCAUACAUUGACAGUGUUCUCUAUGGUCCUACUACAAGGAGGAGAUUGCCAGUGUUUUCUGCCUUUAGCCCACAGUAAUGUUUCUCAACUUCGGAUCAAUAAGGUUAGCCAAACUCAAACAUUUUCUUCUUGUUUGUACCAAGCAUUAGAGGCAAGAGGCUUUUCAUAUAUAAUGGAUAAGGUAGAAUUUACAAAACCAA